AUAUGAAGAUGUUUAUAAAGACAUUCAUAAAGAUGUUUAUGAAGCCAUUUAUAAAGAUAUUUAUGAAAACAUUCAUAAAGAUGUUUAUAAAGAUGUUCAUAAAGAUAUUUAUAAAGUUGAUCAGCUGUCCAAUAUAUUAGCUAGACAAAAAUCUAUAAAAAAUUUUAUAGAUGAAUCAAAUGCAAAAAAAUUUAGAGUUAAUAUCAUUAAGCAUACUAAAUCUGCAGAUAAAAAACUAAACUAU